GUAAAAAUGUAUAGUUUAGUCAACUCCGAUUUUAAUCGGACUUAUAAUCCCAGUGGCAAGCAAAAUGCCCUAAGUGAUAUUAAAAGAUUGCUAACUUCGCGUGAUACUACUGCCCAAGCAAAAGCUUGUGGAUAUUUGAUAGAAGUUAUUAGUAGAUAUGAUAAUAACUUAGAAGAAAAGGAACGCCUAGUAGAAUACUUACUUGACAAUGACAUAGUUGUAUUUUUAUGUGAAGUAACAUCUAAUUUGGAUUUUAAUUUAUUUACAUCAGUGCUAAGAUGCAUGCGGCUCCUCUGGACUGCUCGUCGCUUCUUCGAAGAGCAAGCGCCCCACGCGAUGGCGGCAGUACUUCGCGCGAUGUCACAUUUUUUAACUGUAGACUCAAACGCGCGUGAUGCUUGUCUGCACUUUCUCUGCGAUCUUUUAUCUGGGAUAAGCGCACACAAGACCACGUCACCACUGUCUUAUCAAAGCGCUUACAGCACUGACCAGCUUUUAGCGUGCUUCAGUGCUUUAUCCACGCGCAUCAACAUGGCGUCUAACCCUAAGUGCAUUCUGUCAAGCGCUUUAGUGCUGCAUGAGCUAAUUUCUUACCAGCCCGACGACUUAGUAAUGCCCGCAUCAAUGGCGAAGGAAAUUGGGGUGAUAGUGAAGACAUGGUUUGAAAUGCUGGUGUUGGGCCUGAACCAUACAUCGUUGGUUGGAAAUGACGAGGAUAUAGCGUUGAUAUUGAUUGUUACUUGUAAUCUGGGGAUAGAUACUUUAAGAUUAUCGAAGAAUUUAGAGAAUUCAAAGCCACCGACUGAUUUCGUUCAGACAAUACUGGUGGAUGCGAAUGAAAUAGAAUCACUCCGACAGUGUUCUACAAAUAUACAAGGCACCGUUCUACAAACCAUUGGUGAAUUGGCUGUCUUUGUGAAAGACAAUUUAAAUACAAUAGGCACUGAAGAAUACAAGUCGUUUUUAAAAUUUCUGCUCAAUUUCUAUUACGAUGCACAAUCUGAUAUGUUGAUAGAACUAAGCGAUGUUCUGUUCACAAAAGGUUACCUGUCCAGUUUGCCAAGAGUACAAAUCGAGAGGAACGAUAUGUUGCUUCGUAAAAUAAGUACCUUUGUUCUAGGCGAACUUUUGAAAUCGUUAAUAGUAAAAUAUCUUUUAGUAAAUGAUGACAACAUUGAAAAUUGUCAUAAACAUAUACAGAUGGGACUAGUAGAGUUGCAAAACGGAAUAGAAAACCCACGCUGCAUCGGAACCGAGUUACAGAAGAGCCAACCGUACAGUUUACUCAUCUAUAUUUAUUUUUACUGCCAGUCCUCUGACAACCCAGAAGAAUGUACAUCGCAGCUUCUCCCCUACCUAGUGGAGCACAUCUUAAGACUGCAGAAAACAUUGAUGCCACCACUCUACAUUACAAAGGCUCUAUGGCUUGUUUUUGCAAUGUCAACAAUAUCUAACGGAGCCUUCAAGUCCUUGGAAGAACGUGUCUACUUAGAGAAGGCGACAGAUCGCAUUGUAACCAUGAUACAAGCAAACAUUCAAACCUUGUAUACCCACAACCCAGCGAUUCUUUUCUGGGCGUUCUCUUCUGUGCGAAUACCUAAUUAUGUUAGGAGACUUGUGCUCACGCAAUGGCUGAACAAAGAGAAUUCGCUACCAGAAGAUCUUACGAAGGAGCCAUUAGUUUGGCAACUGCUACUGUCUAUACUAACUCAGAGUAAAGAUCCGGCUAUCGUGUCUAACUGUGUAACAACACUCAACAGAUGCUUAGAGACAAGUGAUGAUGAAGUGGCGCAGGAAUUCGGUACAUUGAUAUGGUCCAUGUUGCCCGAUGUUUUGUCUACAACCCUGAUAAACUAUGAAAAUGUCGUAGAUUGGAAUAUUUGCUACCUCCUAGACAUAGCGACUACGCUCGUGCCAAGAAAAUUAAACGAUACUGUUUGCCUUAAGAUAAGCGUUCUGGUAACCACACUGCUCUCAAAGGCAUUACCUGAUACGAGCGAUAUUGAAACAAAGGAUCACUUUCAAUAUGUCUGCCUCACACUUUGUUUGAUAAUCCUACAGUUCUCCAACGAAAAAAACGAUAAUAGAGUUCUUUUGACGUACGCGAACAAGUCAAUAUUCCUAGCCAACGUACUGUCGUGUAUCACAAGCGGCGAUGACUCUGUCGCGUGCGCUGCUCUUCGCUUGCUCUCCAACAUCGUGUACAGUUUCCAGAAGAACAACUACCAACCUAAUUCACUUCUCCAAAUACGUACCGACGAAAUAGUGAAAUGCUUACGCCAGGACAGUUCAGUUGAGCGCGAUAGUUCAGUCCUACAACUUGUUUUCACGGUGCUGAAUUCCGGGUUCAAUACUCCAAUAGCAAUGACGUACAGUUUUGAAGAAAUAGCUACUGAUGAUCAAGAGUGCUGCGCAUUGAGGGCUUUGAUGUUUAGAGUGCAGAUUGUACUGUGCUAUAGGGAUUCGGAACACCGCACAUCAAUAGGCUGGAAAACAUUAAGUUCUAUUUUCAAACACACUAUCAUCUACAAAAACGAUUCUAGACUAGUAAAUACAUUAACAUGCCAACCAUGGAUCUAUAGCCUCAUACGAUUUACUUUAGCACAAGAAAUUACUGUAGAAUUCUUAACAUUUCUAAACAAUUGGAUAAGUCUUUUGAGAAUCGCAAUAAAGAAGAAUAUGGAAAUACGCAAGACGUGUAUCUCAAAGAAUAGUAUCAUAACACGAACUAUGAAUCUGUUGAAGAAAUCUUUACCUGAUGAGAACUACAAAGAUACAACUAAACAGAUAUUGGAAGUCUCAUGUGACAUUUUGGAUAAUUAUUGCAAUAAUAAUUAAAAACUUACUUUACU